CCCCUUCCCCCGCUGCCGUCAAGCGCGGCGGUGUCGCGCUCGGGCCCGCUCGGUGCCGUCAUGGCGGAGCCGGUGUCGGCCGAGGCUGUGCUGAGGGAGCUGCAGGUGUUCGAGCUGGGCUGUGGGGACCGGGACGUGCCCGACAGGCUGGUUGAGCUGUGCCUAAGCCACAGCCUGGACCCGGUGACCUUGGCCAACGAGCUCUUGGCCUUCGUCACCAGCAAUGACCUGGGCACUGAGCUCUCCAGCGACAGCCUCAAUGACUUCGAGCACGAGGUCCUCAUCAAGCGCAGCAACAGAGCCCCCCCAAAGAGGAACAACCGCUCCGGUGGUCUCCUUGACAUCCACUCUCUCCAGGAGCUCCUUGAGGAGGAAGAGGAGGAUGAGCUGCUGGAUGCCUACAGCACCCCAUCCAAGAAUUCCCAGAAACGCCCCAAUUCCACCCCGGAGACACCGCGGCCCAAGCGGAGCCUCUCCUCCUACAGCCCCUACACACUCUUCUCCCCCAACAGCUUCUCCCCAAGCGUCACCCCCUCGCAGAAGUACAGCACGCGCAACAGUCGUGGUGAGGUGGUAGCCUCCUUUGGCUCCAGCCAAGCUCCAUCCACCUGGACCAGUGGCCGCGGUUGUAGCCUGAGGUUGUUUGGUUGUCCGGAGGAAAACCUGACCAAACCCUACAAAUACAUGUUCCAAAAAGCCCUGGAUGUGCGGGAAGUGUUGUUAUGGAGGAUCGAGGAGCUUGGCGAUGCGCUCAAGAGCCACCAUCACCUCGAGGGCUUUGCUUCAGUGUUGCUUCCUGCACAGGAACCAGUGACAGUGCUGGGGCAGAUUGGCUGUGACUCCAAUGGGAAGCUCAAUGCCAAGUCUGUGGUGCUGGAAGGGGAUCGGGAACAUUCAUCCGGUGGCCAAAUCCCUCUGGAUCUAUCGGAACUAAGGGAAUAUUCCCUGUUCCCAGGCCAGGUGGUGGCACUGGAAGGGACCAACAGCACUGGGAAGAUGAUGCUGGUCUCCAGACUCUAUGAGGGGGUGCCUCUUCCUUUCCAUACACCAGCAGAGCCCACCUCAGAGCCGUGCAUGGUGCUGGUUGCCUGUGGUCCCUACACCCCAUCCGACAGCAUCACCUAUGAGCCACUCAGUGACCUCGUCACCGUCAUCAACCACCAGCGCCCUGAUGUCUGCAUCCUGUUUGGGCCAUUCCUGGAUGCUAAACACGAGCAAGUGGAGAACUGCCAACUCUUGGGAUCCUUCCCUGAUGUCUUCAAGCUCUGCCUGAAGAUGCUCAUUGAAGGGACGAGAAGUGCCGGCUCCCAACUGGUGUUUGUACCAUCAACACGUGACGUUCACCAUGACUACAUCUACCCACAGCCCCCAUUCCACUAUCCAGAUCUUCCCAAGGAGGACAAGCAGCGCGUGCACUUCGUAUCAGACCCCUGCACCCUGGAGGUGAACGGUGUUGUGCUGGGCCUCACCUCCACCGACCUGCUCUUCCACAUGGGAGCCGAGGAGGUCAGCUCCUCCGGGAUCUCGGACAGGUUCACGCGGAUCCUGAAGCACAUCCUGACACAGAGGAGUUACUACCCAUUGUACCCCCCCUCGGAGGAGAUGAACAUUGACUAUGAGAGUUUCUACAGCUACGCGUCGCUACCGGUCACCCCGGAUGUCCUUGUCACCCCCUCGGAGCUGCGGUACUUCAUUAAGGAAGUGCUGGGCUGUGUCUGCAUCAACCCCGGGCGGCUGACAAAGGGGACGGUCGGGGGUACCUAUGGCUGCCUGUACCUACAGCGGGACAACACCGGGGGCGAGCGCAAGAGCCCCUGUGUUGCUGCUCAGGUUGUGAAGAUCUAAGUGACGGGAUGGAGUUCCUUAAUCCGACCACCUACAACCUGACUGCUACACCGGGACUGGUCAAACACACCUGGAACCGUGCUCAGCAACACCCCAACCACUCCCAUUGUGCGGAGCCCACCCUCCUCCCACAACACACGGACACAGCCAGGGCUCUGCUCCGCCUGUUCAUCCCUAAGGGAUCAAUGAACCCUCAGCCCAGCGGCUGUUGGGGCUUGUGGGGCUGUUCCUGGGCUGGUUACGUUGUCCCACUCCUCCGACUGACAGAGAUGCUCCAGCUGCCUUUCCCCAUGGAAAAGGGCAUGGAAAAGAGGCUGGAAUCUUCCUCCGUCCUGGAUUCACCCUUUGGGUGAUGUUUGUGUUGAGCUUCCUUAUUAUGGGAUGUGGAGUGUCAUCGGUUGGAAAACAACCCACCGGCCCCAGGGAAUGACACCGGGAAUAUCCCUGUGCUUGAAGCAGUUUUCCUUCCUUUUCCUCUCCCAUUCCUGAUGAGGAAGCUGAAAGUGAACUCAAAUCUCCCAAGUGUUCUCCUGACAUUCCUUAAACUCCAAUCCCAGGGUGGGAAAAGGCUUUUUUGGCUGGAAUAAAGCUAAAUCCAAUGGGAUGAAAGGGUGUUUUGUAACUGUCUCUGCCGCAGGGUGAUUCCAGGCGUCGGGAAGCUGGAAAACAGCCUCAUCAGGUGUCUCCAUUAUCCACGUGAUCACCCUCAUUCCAAGCCUCAUUCCAGGCUCCCUCUGGAAGUGAUGUCUCAGUUUUCCAAUCCCAUUAGGAUGGAUUUAAGGGGGGAAAUGAGGGAAAAUGGGAUCUGGGGAGGGGGAUUCCCAUAUGGUUUCACUGCAGAACUAUGGGAUGUGCCAGAAAAUCCCUGUUUUCCUCCCCACAUCCCAGUGUAGAGCAACGGGAUCAUCGCCAUUCCUUCAACACUCACAAUUCCAAGUUUUUUCCCAGUUUGGUCACUUUUCACCCCAAAUUCCACACUUUUUCCCAAAAAGCUGCUUUAUUCCCAAGUUUUAGCCCAUUUUCCAGCCUUCCCCCCCCUUAGUUCCUAUCCCUGCCUCAGUUUCCCCCAUAAACCCACCGGAUUCGGUUCCAACAGGAGCAGCAUCGGGAAUUCCAAUCCAUCCUCAUAGGAACAGCCGGAAUCUUGUUUCCCUCUUAAUGAUCCUUAAGGAUGAGGCUCAUUUGGGAUUUAAAUGAGCGUCAGCUCCAGCAUUCCCAGUUGGUCAUU